AUGGCUCCACUUGUGAAAGUGCUUCGUCUUGUGGAUGGUCAAAGGAAACCAGCCAUGGGCUAUAUUUAUGAAGCAAUGGACAAGGCAAAAGAAACAAUUAUCAAGUCUUUCAACAACAAUGAAAGCAAGUACAAAGAUGUGUUUGCAAUCAUUGAUAAAAGAUGGAAUUGUCAGCUUCAUAGGCCAUUGCAUGCAACUGCCCACUUCUUAAAUCCAGAGUUCUUUUAUGACAACACUAACUUAGAGUUUGAUUUUGAGGUCACCAAUGCAUAUUGGUGGCGAAUGUUUGGGUCACAAACUCCAAAUUUGCAGAAGCUAACUAUUAAAAUUUUGAGUUUGACUUGUAGUGCUUCAGGAUGUGAAAGAAAUUGGAGUGUGUUUGAGCAAAUUCAUUCCAUAAAAAGAAAUAGGCUUGAGCACAAGAGGUUGCAUGAUUUGGUGUUUGUCAAAUACAACCAACUAUUGAAGCAAAGAUAUAAUGUAAGAGAUGAAAUUGAUCCAAUUUCUCUUAAUGAUAUUGAUGUGUGCAAUGAAUGGCUCGUGGGAGAGAUGGAUCAAGAUGAUGAUAAUGAUGUUGGAAAUGAUUUGGUAUUUAAAGAUGAUGACGCUCUAAAUUGGGCAACUGUGUAUCAAGCUUCGGGGGCAAUGGUUGUUGGAUCUUCAUCAAGGAAGCAAAAAGCAGUCCAAGAAAAUGAUGAGGAUAUAGAUUUUGAGGAGAAUAUUGAUCUUGAAUCUGAAGAAGAAGAAUUUGUGGUCAAUUUUGAGGCGUCUGAUGGGGAAGAGGGAGAAGGAGAUGCUCCAUUACCAUAUGAUAACAACGAAGAUGAUUAUGUUGGGAUUGGAGAAGAUGAUUAG